GUCGGGCGGCUGCCACCCGUCUGCGCCUCCGGCCCCGGCGGGUAUGGAGCCGGGGGACCACCCGGUCCUGCGGUCGGCCCCGGGGCCGGGCUUGACCACCGCGGAGUCGGAGCAGAAGCGAAGGACCGAGGCCGAAGCGGGGGCUGCUGUCCCCCCCCGGCGCUUCCUGCUCUGCCUCUACCUGGUGGGCUUCUUGGAUUUGUUUGGUGUCAGCAUGGUUGUCCCUUUAUUGAGCCUUCAUGUCAAGUCCCUUGGAGCAAGUCCCACAGUUGCUGGCAUAGUAGGCUCCUCCUAUGGUGUUUUGCAACUCUUUUCUAGCACAUUGGUGGGGUGCUGGAGCGAUGUGGUGGGAAGACAGGCCUCCUUGCUGGUAUGCAUUCUGCUCAGCGCCCUGGGUUAUCUCCUCCUUGGAGCAGCCACCAAUGUGUUCCUGUUUGUCCUGGCUAGAGUCCCUGCAGGUAUUUUUAAACAUACCCUCUCCAUCUCAAGGGCCCUGAUUUCUGAUCUGGUUGCAGAGAAGGAACGACCAGUCAUAAUUGGGCAGUUCAAUACAGCAUCCAGCGUGGGCUUCAUCUUGGGCCCCGUGGUUGGUGGCUAUCUCACUGAAUUAGACGGUGGAUUUUAUCUUACAGCCUUCAUUUGUUUUUCUGUCUUCAUUCUUAAUGCCGGUCUCAUUUGGCUGUUUCCAUGGAGUGAAGCAAAACUGGGCAGUACAGGGAAUGAUCCGUGCCUGGGUAAGAACCAUGUGCUGUCUGAAAAGAGCAACCACAAAUUGCAGGAGGCAGUCGGCACCCAGGGGUCCUGGGUGAGAGAGAAGACCACUUGGCGUCCCUGGGCUGAAGUGUUGUCAACCUUGCAGGACAUGAAGAACCUGAUAUUUUCUGAAAUGUGGGACAUAUUUGUCGUGCGCCUGCUGAUGUCUGUGGCGGUCUUGCUGUACCACAGCAAUUUUGUCCUGGCCUUGGAAGAGCGCUUUGGGGUGAGGCCCAAGGUGACAGGCUAUCUCAUCAGUUACAGCAGCGCCCUGGGGGCUGUGGCCGGCUUUGCCCUGGGGCCCAUCCUGCGGCUGUACAGGCACAACUCCCACACACUGCUGCUGCACUCCAGUGCACUCACCUGCCUGCUCCUGCUGUUCUACUCCACGGCCCAGACUGUGAGCGCGGUCGUCUUCUCCUCCACCCUCCUGUCCUUCUCCACUGCCAUUGGCAGGACGUGCAUCACAGACCUCCAGCUGACCGUGGGCGGGGUCCAGGCCAGCGGCACCCUCAUAGGCGUGGGGCAGUCAGUGACCGCGGUGGGCCGCAUCAUCGCCCCUCUCCUCUCGGGAGUUGCCCAGGAGGUCAGCCCUUGCGGCCCCCCUAGUCUGGGGGUUGUGUUAGCCUUAGUGGCUAUUUUCAUAAUGUCUCUAAACAAACCUUGCUCCAGAGGCAACAUGAGCGAUAAAUUGAAAAGUGAAUAGAAUGGAUUUGGACAACA